GAUGUCAACAUCAACAUCUCCAAGUCUUGUCCUAUGCCAACAUUAACGCUCUUUAUCCAUCAGCAGAUAGGUCUGCGUUUUAUGUCGAUGCGGCUGAGGGACUUGGAGUCAUGUCACUGGCAACUCCCAGCUCUGGCGAUGUGGGAUUAAGCUCUUCUAGACGAGAUGUGUACGCAAACGAGUCCGACGGCGAUCCGGUCUCGAACAAUGAACGGGAUGAGGCCAUUUUCGCCGACCAUCCUUUUGUGCAAAAUGAUAUCGAACCGACGAAAACUAGAAUAUCCUUCAAGCGCAAACAAAAACAGCCUGCUCGCUUCAGCCUGUCGAAGGUCUUCUCCGCCAGCAGCAGCAGUACAUCGCAUAAUUAUACGGCUUCACUGAACCAAAACGCAAACUUAACCGACUGGUCAAACAUCGCCGACAACUCGAGAUCCGCGGCCGCUAACAGCGAUGUCGGUGCUUUCAAAGAAGAUGGACCUCUCGAUUGGUAUAUUGAAGGGCCAGGUCGGAGAUUAGCAUAUGAUGAUAUGACUGCGAUUGAUUGGGUUUUUGAGUACACUAAGGAACGUCAGAGGAAACGGCUUUUGUAUUCGACUGGGCAAGGCGUCCUAGGUCAUUUGCGUCAACUCUUAGAUGGAAGUCACGUCUGGGUCGUCUUAGUUGCAACUGGGAUUGCUGUUGGUCUACUUGCGGCGGGUAUAGAUAUUGCGAGCGAUUGGUUGAGCGAUAUCAAGACCGGCUACUGCAAAGGAGAAGAGGGCUUCAGCCAGUUCUAUCUCAACCGUGGAUUUUGUUGCUGGGGACAUGAAGACUUUUCUGAAUGCGUUGGUUGGAUACCAUGGAGUAAGGCUUUGAGAAUAACCUCUGCUGGCGGAGGCUACGUGCUGGAGUAUAUAUUCUUUAUAAUGUUCGCUGUUCUGUUCGCAACUUCUGCGUGUAUAUUAGUGCGCACUUAUGCUCCAUAUGCCAGACAUAGUGGAAUUCCAGAAAUUAAAACCGUCUUGGGGGGCUUCGUCAUGAAGCGUUUUAUGGGUGGUUGGACCUUGGCAAUCAAGUCUCUUGGAUUGUGCCUCGUUGUCGCUUCUGGAAUGUGGCUUGGUAAAGAAGGCCCUCUCGUGCAUGUCGCAUGUUGCUGUGCAAACAUCCUCAUGAAGCCAUUCGAUACGCUGAAUAAUAAUGAAGCUCGAAAACGAGAGGUCCUGUCCGCUGCUGCUGCUGCAGGGAUAUCUGUUGCUUUCGGUGCACCUAUUGGUGGCGUACUUUUCAGUUUGGAGCAACUUUCCUACUACUUCCCAGACAAAACUAUGUGGCAGAGUUUUGUAUGUGCUUCUGUUGCUGCCGUCGCAUUACAAGCAUUAAACCCUUUCCAUACUGGCAAGAUCGUGCUUUACCAAGUGACCUACACAAGAGGAUGGCAUCGGUUCGAAAUUAUACCCUUCAUGAUCCUCGGCAUCGUGGGUGGCUUAUACGGAGGCCUAUUCAUCAAGCUCAACAUGAAGGUAGCUAGAUGGCGCAAGUCUAGGGGCUGGUCUUUCCCACUUCUUGAAGUAGCCUCAGUUGCCCUCAUCAGUGCGCUGGUAAACUUUCCCAACAAGUUUAUGAGAGCACAGUCCUCCGAGCUGGUAUACCAACUCUUUGCCGAGUGCGCGACUACUACUGAUGAUCAGCUCGAUUUGUGCAAGACCGGCGCAGCGUCCUUCGGCGUUAUUGCACUUCUCCUUCUGGCAGCCGUAGCUGGCUUUUGCUUAGCAUCCGUAAGCUUCGGCUUAGACAUACCUGCCGGUAUCAUUCUUCCUUCUCUAGCUAUUGGAGCUCUCUUUGGUCGUGCACUUGGCAUCGCUGUAGAAAUGUGGCAAGCUGCUUUCCCAAGCUUUGUUCUAUUCGAGAGUUGCAAGCCCGACAUACCUUGCAUAACCCCAGCAACAUACGCGAUCAUAGGAGCAGCAGCAGCCCUCGGAGGAGCGACGCGAAUGACAGUGUCCAUUGUGGUGAUCAUGUUUGAACUGACCGGGGCCUUGACAUACGUGAUCCCAAUCAUGAUUGCAGUCAUGCUCUCUAAAUGGUGUGGUGAUAUCUUCGGCAAGCGCGGCAUCUAUGAGUCCUGGAUUCACUUUAAUGAGUAUCCAUUCCUGGACCAUAAAGAUGACAGGCCUCCUCCAGAUGUGCCUGUCUCGAGAUUGAUGACGAAUGUUGACGACCUUACUAUCAUUCCUGCAGUUGGACACACUAUUGAAUCGUUGAAGAGUCUGCUUGCUCAGACACGUUACCGCGGAUUUCCAGUCGUGUUGGAUACAUCGAACCCAAUUCUACUUGGCUUCAUUACUCGAAAUGAACUGUCAUAUGCUUUGGAUUCAUCGCUAUCAUCUACAACCAGCAAUCUAGGACCAGAAACACAAACAUACUUCGUCCACCAACCCUUUGCGGACCCCAGUGAUACUCUUGACUUGCGGCCGUGGAUGGACCAAACUCCUAUAACACUUAACAGCCACACGAACUUCUCAAUCGUCCUACGCAUGUUCCAAAGGCUCGGCUUGAGAUAUGUCCUAUUUGUAAAUAAGGGUAACCUAAGAGGCCUACUCACCAAGAAGGAUGUCUGGUUCAUUCUCAAUGGCAUGGAAAACCGACGAGAGAAAGGCUUCGAAGAUGGACCACUUCGAGAGACGAAUAGCUCGGAAGCGUUAGGACUGCUUGGUGAUGAGGCAUCCCAAGGGGUUACCGAGGAUGUUGGGCUCUUGGAAGGUCGGAAUUCCAUACAGUCUUUAUGA